AUGGAGGUCGGUGACGAUGGAGCCGACAGCCAGGGUCGGAGUCGAGGUCCCAGCCACGUUCUGGACAGUGACCGACCAGGGCCGCCACCAGUAGUCGCCAUCGUAGUUUUCGCCCGGCUGCCGGUCCCGGGUCGCGUCAAGACAAGGCUUGCAGCCGGUGCGGGUGUCGGUCCCAACGGCGCCUGCGACUUCUACAAAGCGUGCGCGGAGCACGCGAUCAGCCAGGCCGCGAGCUGCUCUUACUGGGCUCAGGUCUCCGUGUACCACAGCUCCGGAGAUAACACCGCUGACGUGGCCUCGUGGCUGGCAGGAGAAGGGCUGCUGGGGCACCGUCUUGGCGGAGGCGGAGGCGGCGUUCAGGGCAGAGCCAGCGACGACGCCGCAGCUGCCGCUACGGCCACCGUUGCCACCACAGCCUCCAGCUGCGGCCUUUCCGCUCCGGAACCCGACCUAGGUGCCAAGAUGUUGGCGGCCAUGUCCGAGGCGUUGCACAGGAGCUUCGGUGCCGUCAAUGUCGGGAAGCAGCAGAAGGGCAAGGUGUUGAUCAUGGGCACCGAUAUUCCCGACAUAACGGGCCAGUUGCUGCGACGCGCAGCUGAUGCUUUGGACGAGCACGAGGUGGUCAUCGGGCCCUCCCUGGACGGUGGCUACUACCUGCUGGGCCUUACGCGGCUCGAGCCGCGGAUCUUCCAGUCUACACUAUACACCAUCCCCUUAGCUCUAGGCUCUGGCGAUUUCACCUUCAGGCCGCCCUCACCCUCGGGUGGCGCCGCGAGUUGUUUUCAGGACAUGCAAUGGAGCACUGACCGGGUGCUGCGGGAUACUCUGGAGCGGGCAGCCGCUGCGGGACUGCGAGUGGCCCCCCUGGACUGCCUACCCCCGCUGAGAGAUGUGGACACAGUGCAGGACCUAGCUGAAUGGGUCUCAAUGUCAAGACCGCCGUCAUCGUCGUUGCAGCCACACAGCACAGAGGUCACUGAGCCCGAGGUCGAUUCUGCUGGCGGCGUUCUGUCGGUGGCAGGGGGCCCCAUGGGAGGCGGCGCUCUAAGCCGGCGACGGCAGUGUCUACUGAUGGUAUCGCGGCGGGUGCUGGAGAGAGCGGCGGUGGCAGUGGUAGAAGCAUCGGCAAAUGCAGCAGUGGUCGUGAUGUAA